AUGACGUCAUCCUCGUCGUCGCACCACCUCGACGCCUCCUCCGCCUCCUCCACCCCCCGCGCCGGUGCCCGCAGCACCGCCAGCAGCUGCAGCAACGGCAACGGCAACGGCAACCACCACCACCACCCGCCUCCUCACGCCCCUUCCUCGCGGGCCCAGCCGCAGCCGCAGCCGCACGGCGGCCCAUGCGUGCGCAUCAUGUGCAGCUUCGGCGGCCGCAUCCUGCCGCGCCCGGGCGACCACCGCCUCCGCUACGUCGGCGGCGAGACCCGCAUCGUCUCCGUCCCGCGCGCCGCCUCCCACGCCGUCCUCACCGCCGCGCUCGCCAGGCUCGCCCCCGCGCUCUUCGCGCCCGGCGCGCCCGGGCCCACGCUCAGGUACCAGCUGCCCGAGGAGGACAUCGACUCGCUCGUCUCCGUCUCCUCCGACGACGACGUCGACAACCUCAUGUGCGAGCUCGACCGCGUGCACGGCCUCGCCGCCGCCGACGUCAAGCCGCCGCGCCUGCGCCUCUUCCUCUUCGCCUCCUCGCCCGACCACGCCUCCUCGGGCGCCUUCGGCUCCGUGCUCUCCGGCACCGGCGACGCCUCCAUCGACCAGUGGUUCCUCGACCAGCUCAACGCCCCGGCGCCGAGCUCGCUCGACCGCACCCGAUCCGACGCCUCCUCGAUCCUCUCCGAGAACACGGACUACCUCACCGGCAUCGACGCUGCCUCCGCCUCCGACGACCCAAACCCCGCCCCGCCCGCGGCUGAGCAGACCAAGCCUGACACCGAGACACCGCAUGGCGACGACGACCACGACAAGCCGGCUCCCGUGCUGGGCGCGCCUCUGGCCCCGCACUUCGCCGAGACCGCCCCGUGGCCCGCACCGCCGCCGCAGUACAUGCAGCAGCCCAUGUACUACUACCCGCCCGCUCGCCCGGUCCACUACGUCGACGCGGCCGGGCGGCAGGGCAGCUACAUGCCAGGGCCCGUUUACCACCACAUGGUCGCCGGGGGAGGAAACCAGGAUCUCUACGCGUCUGGUGCCGUGUACGGCGUGCCGCACCCCGUGCAGCCAUACCGUCAGGUGAUCUACCGGCCACCGCUGGCCGCCGCGGACGACUACCCGGCGCCGGUGGAGGGGAAGCCGACGGAAGGUGCGUCUCACUCCUCCUAGGCGCAACUGGAGCCAUGGCCGUUCCUGGAGCUGGUUAUGAUCGAGGCCUUCGUUCUGAUGAUUGCUUAUAUCUGAGUUGAGAAUUUUGCAUUGCCGUGCGGUUAGUGUUUAUCGUUUCUGUUGGUUUCCGUGGGUAGCUGUAUAGAUCAGGGAGGUGGAGGAUGCAGGAUAUCACAAUUUUCGUCGGAUGAGAUAGAUUCUUGAAUUCUUAUUUGUUAUUAUUAUAAUAGUAUAAUAGCGGGUGCGAUUAGCAGCAAGUUACUGUAAUGUGGGAUUCAUAUUAUAUUCUAGUACUGUAGAUGGUUUCUAUCUGGGGAACACAGGCUUUCUCUAUUCAUGUUCUUAUGACUCAUGUUGGAUUCGAAUUCGAUUCAUCGUGGUCCAUUAUUGUUAUAUAUCAUGUCUAGCUUGCAAAAGCUUAAUUUCA